CGAAAUUCUCCCACACUACUCCACUCUGCUCUCUUCACUGGUUACCUGUGGCUGCCCGCAUCCAGUUCAAAAGACUGGUGCUCACGUACCAUGCUGCGAAUGGAUCGGGUCUAGUCUACAUCCAGGACAUGGUCAAACCCUACAUCCUAACCCACACACUCCGCUCUGCAUCUGCCAAUCUGCUUUCCACCCUCACUGAGAGCAAAACACUCGAAAAGAUCGUGACUCUUUUGUCCCUGUGCCGAAAUGGUGGAACGAGCUCGCUGAUGACAUCAGGACCGCAGAGAGCCUUUACAUCUUCUGCUGCAAACUAAAGACACGCCUCUUUAGACUAAACCGUGACUAAAAACACUAACAAGUUGUGGCACAAUUCAGCUUAUUUGAUGAAAUUGCACUUUCUUGUUUCUUCUUUGAGUUUGUAUUGUUAUGGUUGAAAUGCAUUUAUUUUAAGGCGCUUUGGAUAAACGCAUCCGCUAAAUGACAUGUAAUGUUAUAAAAAUGAAUACUUGACACCGGUGUAAAAUCAUCAAAGCAGGACAUUUAGUGUCUCCAACACGAAACACUCGCAUACAGGUCAAGCCUACUCAAAGGUUUUCAUCUUUGGAGCAGGAAUAUGUGGUUGGAAGAUAAACUGGGUGGGGCUUUGGGAAAAACCCAAGUGCUGGUAAUCAACCUUGGAUGUAGACAGUCAUCUUUGGCACCACAAGAUUCUAAACCUCGACUAUCUUGAUUAUCAGAUGACCCAGAACACCAUGCGCCUCUUUGUGAAAGAGCACACACUCUGACCUACUAAGAGGGAAACUUCUGGGGCCGCACCAUGGCGGCCAUCUCCAGCUCAACUGACCCCAGCAGUUACGAGGGUUUCGGCCCCUUCAUGCCGGGCUUUGAGCUGGUCCCCUACAACGAUAUCCCUUCACUGGAGAAAGCUUUUCAAGACCCCAACGUUGCCGCUUUCAUGAUGGAGCCCAUCCAGGGCGAGGCGGGGGUGGUGGUGCCAGACCAGGGCUACCUUACCAAAGUCAGAGAACUUUGCACCAAAUACAACGUGUUGUGGAUCGCUGACGAGGUGCAGACGGGCUUGGCGAGGACCGGCCGGCGCCUGGCUGUGGACUACGAGGAAGUCCGCCCCGACGUUGUGAUUCUGGGCAAAGCGCUUUCUGGAGGCGUUUACCCCGUGUCUGCCGUGCUGUGUGACGACGAGGUAAUGCUGACCAUCAAGCCAGGAGAACACGGCUCCACUUAUGGCGGCAACCCCGUGGCCUGUCAGGUUGCAAUUGCCUCACUGAAGGUGCUUGAGGAGGAAAAGCUGGCAGAGAACGCCAAAAUGAUGGGAGCGCUGCUGCGUAGCGAGCUGCGCAAACUGCCCAAAGACAUCGUGACGGCAGUCAGAGGAAAAGGCCUCCUUAACGCCGUUGUCAUUAAAGAGACCAAAGACUACAACGCCUGGAAGGUGUGCUUGCAACUCCGUGACAACGGACUGCUGGCCAAGCCCACUCACGGUGACAUCAUCCGCCUGGCCCCUCCCCUCAUCAUCAAAGAGCACGAGAUGCGGGAAUGUAUCGAUAUCAUCCAGAGAACCAUCUUGUCCUUCUAAAUUACAACCUGAAGGACAAAUUCAAAGCCAACCUUCCACCCAAUAAUUACGAUCGAUAGGUUGCGCUAAACAUGAAGUAGCUGUUUUUUUUUCAUUUUAUUUCAAAGACAGGAGUUCUUUGACGCUUACUAUGGUAGAAAUGUAGUAUACAAUUGUGUGGAGUUUGCUUCUAUGAGGCUAUAUCGACACUUUAGUACAUAAAAAAAAAACUGCUGUAAAGAAGAGGUUCCUGAAACCCAAACUAUUUUAAAUGUUCAAUAUUUAAUUGUAGGGUUGAACCGAAUGCCCUGAAGCUUCAACCAUGGCAAUCGGUACAAAUCUAUAUUUGAAUGCAUAUUUUAGCUCGACUAUGAAAAUCACCAAAUGUCCUGUGAAAUGGAGUCCAGUAUGCACACAUUACAGUGAAUUAUUUUACUUAUGAAGGUAUUAGCGUUGUCCAGGCAGCAGACAAGGUCAAGGGACAGUCUCCAUAAAGCUCUUAAUUUAUGUUGAUAAUUUAUUAAUUUGUAUACGAGCACGUUCGUUUUUAUGGACUGCUGUGGUGAUUAUUGCACAUUUAGUAGCUUUUAACAUUUUGUGUCCUUGACGUCAGAUUUUAUUCUCACCACUUUUAUAGGGCUAAGCACAAAUCCCUCAUUGGAGAAAAAUAACUCUUAACUAGGUUAAAAAAAAAAGCUUGCAUCUGUCACUAAAACUCACGGGACAGUCCUAAAUAUAAUAUAUUAAAGUAAAUAGUUAACAUGCUUUUCUUCAUUAAAACUUUUUUAAUUGUAUGAAGGAUAUGUGAAGCUUUUGGGGAGGCAUGCAGCUGAAAGUUACAAAGAUUUGUUCUCCUGACCGACAUUGAAAGUACAAGUCGAUAUUGCACCUACACCCUUUGGUGUUGUUUUUAGUAGAGGGCCAGCUAGUCUGGGUAAUUUUUGAAAUUUUCCAAUGCAGGGUUUCUCCACAUUUUUGUGCAAAUUCUGGUGAAAUUACAAUUUCUUUUAUUUUUCCCCAACACCCUUUUUAAGUUACCAAUAACAUGACCAAUAUCUGUAUGUGUAGCACAUUGUUGUCAUUGAACAUUUUGAUGAAUGUGAUAAAUAUUGUCCUUCAAAGGACUUAAUAUCCUCAAAUAAAUUUUUGCAGUGUU